AUGGUGGUAAAGAAAACAGAUUCUGUGGCAACAGCAUCCGGACCACUACUAGUUGAAGUUGCCAAAACUCCAGGUGCCAGCCUUGGGGUGGCCCUAACUACCUCGAUGUGCUGUAACAAACAGGUCAUUGUCAUAGACAAAAUCAAAUCUGCAAGUAUUGCUGACAGGUGUGGUGCUCUGCACGUGGGUGAUCACAUCCUGUCCAUAGACGGCACCAGCAUGGAGUACUGCACGCUCGCAGAAGCAACCCAAUUCCUGGCCAACACCACCGACCAGGUCAAGCUUGAGAUUCUUCCGCAUCAUCAGACCCGCCUGGCCCUGAAGGGACCUGACCACGUGAAAAUUCAGAGGAGCGACAGGCAACUUCCCUGGGACUCCUGGGCCAGCAGCCACUGCAGCCUUCACACCUGCCAUCACUAUAAUUCAUACCACGCUGACCGUUGCACAGCACCGGCCCCGACACUCACGAAAGCGCCUCCUCCAAACAGCCCUCGUAAUGUCCAGGCUUUCUCCUCUAGCCCACGUGGAACCAUGAUGAGGAGGAGACUGAAGAAGAAAGACUUCAAAAGCUCACUGUCGUUAGCCUCCAGCACCGUGGGCUUGGCUGGGCAGGUUGUUCACACAGAAACCACAGAGGUUGUGCUGACCGCGGAUCCUGUCACAGGAUUUGGGAUUCAACUGCAGGGCAGUGUGUUUGCCACAGAGACCCUCUCCUCUCCACCUCUGAUCUCCUAUAUUGAAGCUGACAGCCCAGCCGAGAGAUGUGGGGUGCUUCAGAUUGGAGACAGAGUACUGGCCAUUAAUGGAAUUCCAACUGAAGACAGCACGUUUGAGGAAGCCAAUCAGCUCCUCCGAGACUCUUCAAUCACAAGCAAGGUCACGCUGGAAAUUGAGUUUGAUGUUGCAGAGUCUGUCAUCCCCAGUAGUGGAACAUUUCACGUAAAGCUCCCUAAGAAACACAAUGUGGAACUUGGAAUAACCAUAAGUUCACCAUCCAGUAGAAAACCAGGAGACCCCCUGGUUAUAUCAGAUAUCAAGAAAGGCAGUGUGGCACACAGAACGGGAACCUUGGAACUUGGGGAUAAGUUACUAGCCAUAGAUAACAUCCGGCUGGACAACUGUUCCAUGGAAGAUGCAGUUCAGAUCCUCCAGCAGUGUGAAGACCUGGUGAAGCUCAAAAUCCGCAAAGAUGAAGAUAAUUCAGAUGAACAAGAAAGUUCCGGAGCAAUUAUUUACACUGUGGAGCUGAAGCGCUAUGGGGGGCCUCUUGGCAUCACAAUUUCAGGAACUGAAGAGCCGUUUGAUCCUAUAAUCAUUUCAAGCCUCACUAAAGGGGGAUUAGCUGAAAGAACUGGUGCGAUCCACAUAGGAGACCGAAUCCUAGCCAUCAACAGCAGCAGCUUAAAAGGGAAGCCUCUGAGUGAAGCCAUCCAUUUGUUACAGAUGGCAGGAGAGACUGUCACCCUGAAAAUUAAGAAGCAGACAGAUGCCCAGUCAGCAUCAAGUCCCAAGAAAUUCCCCGUUGCCAGCCACUUGAGUGAUCUGGGAGAUGUGGAGGACCCAUCUCCAGCACAGAAGCCAAGCAAACUCAGUGACACAUACCCCUCCACUGUGCCCAGCGUGGACAGUGCCGUGGACUCAUGGGAUGGCUCUGGAAUAGAAAGCAGCUAUGGGAAUCAAGGCACUGGCUUUCAGGCCUCAGGCUACAACUUCAACACCUAUGACUGGAGAAGUCCCAAACAAAGAGGCAGCCUGUCCCCAGUCACAAAGCCCCGAAGCCAGACUUACCCCGAUGUGGGACUAAGUAACGAAGAGUGGGACCGGUCCACCGUCAGUGGUUUCACAGGGCCUCCUGACAGUACUGAGGCUGAGCAAGAGGAGAACUUCUGGUCCCAAGCGCUGGAGGAUCUGGAAACCUGUGGACAGUCCGGGAUUCUGAGAGAACUCGAGGCAACGAUCAUGUCGGGGAGCACGAUGAGUUUGAAUCACGAGGCCCCUUCAUCUCGCAGUCAGCUGGGGCGACAGGCCAGCUUCCAGGAACGGAGCAGCUCCCGGCCACACUAUAGCCAGACCACUCGCAGCAACACUCUGCCCUCGGAUGUGGGCAGGAAAUCUGUCACCCUGAGAAAAAUGAAGCAGGAAAUAAAGGAGAUCAUGUCCCCAACUCCUGUGGAGCUGCACAAGGUGACCCUGUACAAGGGCUCUGACAUGGAGGACUUCGGAUUCAGUGUAGCAGAUGGCUUGCUGGAGAAAGGAGUCUAUGUCAAAAACAUUCGCCCAGCUGGGCCAGGAGAUCUUGGUGGCCUAAAGCCCUACGACAGGCUCUUACAGGUUAAUCACGUCCGAACAAGAGACUUUGACUGCUGCCUUGUUGUACCCCUCAUAGCAGAAUCUGGUAAUAAGCUGGACCUGGUUAUUAGUAGAAACCCCCUGGCUUCACAGAAGUCCUUAGAACACACUCUACCAGGAGGAGAAUGGAGUGAACAGAACAGUGCUUUUUUCCAACAGCCGAGCCACGGUGGUAAUUUGGAGAUACGAGAACCCACUAAUACACUAUAGCAACGCUUUUUAUAAAGCGGGACAAAAGACAAUAUCUACAUGGUGCUAAAAACAAAAAAACAAAAAACAAUCCCUUUAAGAUUUCUGUGACAUCUGAAGCACAGAUAAUCACGUGGCAUUAACUGCAAGCACAGGGGUCUUUUAAAUCUCUCAUGGCUCAUGUUCACUUCCCUUUUCAAGUUGAAGAGGUUUCUUUGUUGGUGAUCACUAUGGUAUAUGACAGGCAAUCCCCUGCCAAACCCAAUGGUAGAGAAAAAGAAAAACAGGCCACCCCUCUCUACAGUUAACAUCAGAGGACAUUUUUCCACAAGUCCAUCUUCCUGUUCCUUUUUAAAAAGAGAAAUGUCUGUUUGAAAAUAAUUUACUUAAUUCACUUUGAAAUCAGUUUCUUACUACGAAGUUAUUCAUGUAAGAAUUUAACUGACAAGGCUUUUCAUAAAGCUGGCUCUGCUAGAACUAGUCUGGUGAACUGCUGGGACUUCUGCUAUGGGAGGGGUACAGGUAUAAGAUUAUCUUACAACGUUUCAGCAACGGUGCACGUAGGAGACCAUAAUAGGUGGUGGUAAAUGUUUUGCCCAAGUAUAGGAAUGAUUUUAACUAAGAUGUAUGCUAUUCCCUAUGCAACAAAUUAUCAAACAGGAUAUGUCUUGUGACCUGUUCUUUUGUUUUGUUUUUUUUUUAAGGACACAUUUUUUUAAUAGCUGAAAACUCUCUGGUAAUGAAUUAGGGUGUUUAGUAACACUGAGAAUUAGUUAAAUUAUCUUAUUUUUAAAAUUCAAGACUAAGAAUUUAAGGGAGAAUGAAGAGUCUAUUAAAAUGAGGUUUAUCUUAAGAAUAGGCAAAAUCAAACUCAUACUGCUUGACAUGUUUUGAAAACUGGUUAUACUGAGGGGUGUACAGCACAUGUGCAUAAAUGACUCUGGACUGUCUUUUGUUCUGAGCCAUGCCACUGACUGAAAUUGUAAAUACAUUUUCACAAAAUGCAUUGCCAAUUAUUACCAUCCCCCAAAGCAAUAAACUGUAACAGUUGCUUUUAAUGUCUGUCAGCAACUGUUUUCAUUUGUUCAGAUAUUUUGAAUAGUUACACUAAUAACUGUUAUUUGGUGAAUAUUAAAAAAAAAAUAGAUCUGUAUAUUGAUUGUAGAAUCUCCAUACUGAAAAAUUAUUUUCCAAACAUUUUUAUUUUGGUCAAUAAUUAAAACUGCUUAGGUAAAGCAUCUGAACACUGUGUCCUUUGUUUAAGGAAAAAGUUCACCUUUCGUUUCUGUGCAAAGAAAUAUAUUAUUUCAAUCAUAUUUCAGAACCGCCAGGGCAAGAAAGUAUAAAGCAGAAUCAUGUUAAGAAAAAGAUCAUGAGUCACUUAAAUAUGUAUUUUUAUUUGUAACAAACAAGUAUUAAACUGUAAAGUAUUUUUGUACAAAUUUAAUACUUUAAUAGCAUGGUAUUUAUCGUCUAUGUAUGGUUUUGGGGAAUUCAAAAUUGUUGCAAAUAUUUGUAUGGGAAUAAAAAACCCUCUACCAAAUGGAAUAAACAGUGAUUUUAAAAAGCCAAAAAAAAAAAAAAAA